CUUAAUAUGUCACUACUGAAAUUAGUUUUUAGCAACAUUUUUCUAUGUGUCGCGUUUGCUAGCUCAAAAAUCGCACUUGAAGUUGGAAGAUGUGGCGAAGAUACUAAAAUCGUCUGCUCAGGGACGGAUACAUUUGCAUGGAACAUUCGUAAAAAUGGCUAUCAAAUAGCCGGGAAAGGCAGUUUGCCAGACACUACGAAGUAUUCAGUUAGAGAAUAUCCGACAAAUGUGGUGCUGACAAUCCACAACACUAGUGUCAAUGAUGGCGGAUCCUACAACUGUGAGGUAGCGAAUGACGGCAGAAGCGAAACAAAGGACCUACAGCUUAAUUGCAGUUUAUCGUUUGUGAUAUCAUCUCAGAUCCUUUUAAACAAAACUGUUACUCUAAAAUGCUAUACUGCAAUCUGACAGUUGCAUCUUGCAAACAUAUUUCGGGAGUAAGUUAGUCGGAGCCUACGACAGUGUGUUUAGAGAACUUUCAAACCAGGAUCAAACCAAGUAUGAGGUUUUUCGAGAAAUUUCACAGAGCAUAACUACCUUAACCAUAAAUAUUCGUCAGUUUACCUCGAAUGAUGUCGGAACGUACACAUGCAGGAACAUCGUUACUUCGGAGACGAAAGACAGUUUUCCUUAGUCUUUCAGAAUCUAGCCGAACUAGAAGAGUAAUCGUCGUAGUAGUUGGUGGAAUUGUUGUUGGAGUUGUUGCUCUAGCUGUUGCUGUUAUGGCUUAUUUUCAAAUUCCGAGAAGAUAUCGGUUUCCUUGUAGGCAUACCUCAGACAGUGCAAGUACUACCGUAAACCAAUCAAAUCCAGUGUCACAGGAAGCGUCAUCUAACGAGCACCUCACUACCAGCGAACAAACGGAAUACACAGAAAUAGGCAUGACUGCUGUUGGACCAUCUAGUGCUGGCAGUCUCCUCAACGAAACCACAUCGUACGAGCGUCUUCACAACAGAGAAAAUGCCGCAUACGUAGACCUGGAAAGUUGCCAAAGGCAAUAUGUGAAUCAACAUCCACACUCGCAAACAGCAGGCAGUAAUUAUGAAAUUCCGGACAACCAAGAAUCGUCAAUGGAACCAAGAGAUUAUGAUAACGGAACAAACCCGAAGCAUACUCAAGUCAGUACGUAUGACCAUGUAUAUACAGCUCCGAUUGAACAUCAGUAUACGGCGCUUGGUGCCACGAAGUAGACAAUACAGCUGCUUGUGAGUUAAAGAAGAAGAAGAAGAUACAGCUGAUUGUGAUAUAUAAAAUAGACAUGCUUGCGAUUUAUAUCAUAUAAUUUUACUGGAGAUUUAUUGAUGAAAACGAUACAUAUGUUUGUGAUUCAUAGUAGAGGAAGAUAUAUUUUCUUUUGACUCAUAGAAGAAUAAACAUUUGCAUGUAACUUCAAAGAGGUAGAGGAUGCAUUUGCUUGUGACUCAUAGAAGUAGAACAUACAUUUGUUUGUGACUCACAUACUAAAACGCUGUAAUAUACAUUAAAAUUUCAAAGCAAGAACAUUAUAUCGAAACAUUGAAAACAGUUUGAAGCAUAUAUACAAGUAACUACAUUGUUGUAGCACAAGUCAUUCAUAUGAGCACGGUAAUUUGAGCAAUGUUGCAUAGUUGAAUAUAUAGCCAAGAAAACACAUUGGCGUGAAUGCCGAUACCUUAGUGAUCUUUAAUUGGCAAAGGCAUUUUAAAUUACGAAGAAAUGAAAUUUCUGAUGUCUCUUGUGUAAUAGUCAGUUAUUUUAAAUUACGGGGACUUUUAUGGUACCCGAUGAUAUGUUCCUAAAAAUCAUAUGGCGUGGGUGUAGUGUAUUGUCAUCACAUCACACCUCUGGCAUUAUUGGCAAAUCGUUGUAAAAACAAGACAAACAAAACAAACGAAUCGACUUUAUGCACAACAACAGAGUAGUAGGCAAAAGGUGUCUUUUUAUUCUAUUUAUUGAACUUUUUUCGAAUAUUCGAAUGCCGAUCAUAACAUUCGAAUACCAAACGUUUGAUCGAAUGUUUGAAUAUUUAUUUUUAUUUACUUUCUUGUCAAUCAACCCACUCGGUGAGUUACUUUUGUAACAAUACUUAAAGUUAAAAUUGUCCUCCUUUUUUAUUAUUCUGUUGCUUAUGCAAUGUUUUGCCCUAAUUUGACCUAAACAAUCGUCGUUUAAUUUAACAAACUUGUGUAUAUAGAAUAAGAAGUCGAUGUCUAAAAGUUAAUCGUGCUAGUUGGUUAAAAUAUUUUUAUUUUACAUCGACGUAUUUUCACUAAGAACAAAUGUCUUGUUUAAAAACACUGCUGAGAAGUAAGUGAAUUAUACACCUUUAAAAAUGAACAGAUGUGGUAAGCUUUUUACGAGUACGUUAAACAAAUUCCCUAAGAACGAGUGAAAUGCUGUAUAUUAUAUUACGGAACGAAAAGUCCGAAACACGCUGUGUCGAGGGAAGGCUGUUUUAGGCGGGUCAGUUACUAUAAAUAUGUAAACACAGCGUUUAAGUCGUGAAUGGCAUGACACCAUUGUCAACUCAUUGGACCCCGACUAAAGGAAAGAAGCCCAAGAAAAAUUAAUUGUUUAUCAAAUGUUAUAUUUUUACAAAAAUAUGUUUUACUGAUGUCGUCAAUAAUUACUAUGAAAAGAUACAUUUAAAAGGGACUCGCAUGUUGUAAAGGUUCGGAAUUUAAACACCAUGUAUCUAUAUAUUUAAUAGCUGCUUGUUGUUUGAUGUGCAAAUAAAUGAAAACAUAGUUCAGUUUCAAAACCUUUUUAAUAUAUUCGUGAAUAUUAUGAAUAUUUGUUUAUUGUCACUUCUAAAAGGUUAAGAUUGAAAUGAACAUA